AUGGCAGAUGACCUCCAAGCCUUACUCGUCGAGCAAUCCGCCACGAUUGCUGCCAUUAAACGAGUAAUACCGAAUUUCAAGAAGAUUGGCAAGGCGAACAUCACCAUCUAUAAGGCGAAAAAACGUGUGAAUGAUCUGGAGACCCUUUGGGAGAGGUGUCAGCGACUGAACGUGCGGCUCCUUCAGGCGGCCUCAGCCGAAGACCAACUCGUCGUCGAAUACUUUGCCGAUGAAGAAUUCUUAGCUGCCGAGGAUGCUUACCAUGAAGCCGCUGAUCAUCUUGCCGAUUGCGUGGGAAAAUUCUCCCAAGACCGGUCCGACGUCGCGGCCUCUUCGGUAAGCGACUCGUCCUUACGAGAUACCAGUGCGUCUUCGUUGCAGCUACCUCGCAUCUCUUUACCGAAAUUCUCCGGUAAGUUCACCGAGUGGGAGAAUUUUCGCGGAAUCUUCGAAUCGCUCGUCGCGUCGAAAGAAUCGUUGUCAAAUACACAGAAAUUACAUUACUUAAAGGCCUGCGUCACGGGCGAUGCCGCGGUGUUAAUAAACCACAUCCAGAUAGCAGACACGAAUUACGACGCUGCGUGGAAACUGUUAGUCGAAGAGUAUGAUGAUCAACGCGCUAUAAUUCACGCUCAUAUUCAGGCUUUCGCCGAGUUGCCUAUCAUGAAAACCGAAUCUGCGGGCGAGUUAAAGAAUUUACGCGAUACCGUUGCCGCGUCUCUAUCGGCUCUAACCAAUUUAGAAAGACCCGUUGAAAAGUGGGAUGAUUUAUUGGUGUACAUUAUUUCUCAAAAGUUCAGUCCACGCACGCGUAACGAGUGGAAUCUGCAACGCGGAAAAUCCAACGAGUUUCCGACUUAUGAAGAGAUUCGAGAAUUUAUGACCAUGCGUAUUCGAGGUCUCACCGAUCAUGCUAAAGUAAAUCCGGAUGCGUCUGUUAAUAAAAUUAAAACGUCCAAUCGCGCCUCCAUAAAUAAUGUGACCGCCGAUAAAUGCCUUCAUUGCUCCGGCAAUCACCGUCUCGUGCAAUGCGACGACUUCAAGCGAAAAUCGGUCGAAGAGCGAACUCAGAUCUGCAAACUAAAAAGGUGCUGUUUCAAUUGUUUGAAGAUCGGUCAUUUUCCGACCAAUUGUUCAAACACUAAACGAUGCACUUUAUGCCGACGAGCGCAUCACACUCUUUUACAUCGCGAUUCUAACGCUACAGUCCCGAAUACAGGCGAAAAUUCUACCGCCGAAAAGAAAAUGACGAUUUCAGCCCCAUCGAGCAGCUUAGCUGCUCCGGAGAGCAAACCUGCCGUCGCGUCGGUGCAAACCGUUAGUGCUCCGAUUAAAAACCCUCCGACCGUCUUACUCGCGACCGCGUGGGUAAUCCUCCGUACCAAUGAGGGUCGCAGUUUCAAGGUGCGCGCUUUAUUAGAUCAAGGUUCCGCAGUUAGUUUUGUAUCCGAAACACUAUGUCAAACGAUGCGUACCAAACGCUACCGAGCGAACCUCCGCGUACAUUGCUUCGGCGAACGAUACAGUGGCGUAGCGAAAUCUCGAGUAUCUCUCAUUCUCUCGUCUUGCAACGGGCAAGGCCCAUCCUUCCCCCUAAAUGCCUUCAUUUAUCAAAAAAUCACCUCUUACGCCGUGUCAAGGAAUAAGUCAAUCGAUUCUUGGCCGCACUUAAGUAACCUAUCCCUCGCGGAUGCUGACCCUUUCAGCAAUCAUCCGAUUCAUCUGCUUAUCGGGGCAGACUUAUACGGAUCUCUGUUAUUGCACCAAAUCAAGCAGGGCCCGAUCGGGACGCCGACGGCUCAACUCACCUCCUUAGGGUGGAUUUUAUCCGGGCCUACUGACGCUUCGGAAUUAAGCGACGGGUCCGUCCAAUCGAUGAACUGCGUUUCGGAACCCUCGAUCGAAUUUCUUCUCCAGAGAUUCUGGGAAAUCGAGGAAGUCUCUUCUGUCCCUCAGAUGUCAGAUGAAGACAAACGAUGCGAACAACAUUUUGUUGAAACACAUCAACGCGGCCCGGACGGUCGCUAUAUUGUACGGCUGCCCUUUAAAACCGAUCCUCCGCUCAGGAUCGGGGCCUCUCGCGAAACCACCGCGCUGUUAUAUUCUAAGUUAGAAAGCCGCUUACAAAAAAAUAAGGAUCUUGCCAAGCAAUAUCACGAAUUUUUAAACGACUAUGUGACGAAAGGUCAUAUGGAACUCGUUUCCGACUCCAAUCCGACGCGGUUUCCUCCCAUAUAUAUACCGCAUCAUCCUGUUUUACGCGAGUCCAGCAGCACGACUAAGCUUCGCGUAGUAUUUAACGCGUCGUGCAAAACCUCUAAUGGAACUACGCUAAAUGAUCAUCUAAUGACCGGGCCUAAAUUACAGCGUGAGUUGUCUACGAUCCUCCUUCGUUGGAGACAAUUUCGUUACGUAUAUACCGCGGAUAUCGAAAAAAUGUUUCGUCAAAUUCGCGUUCAUCCGGAUGACGUUGAUUUCACUCGAAUUCUCUGGCGAUCAAGAGACGAUUGUCCAAUUCAAUCUUAUCGGCUUUUAACCGUCACGUACGGUACUGCUCCGGCUCCGUAUCUCGCGAUGCGAGUCGUCAAUCAAUUGGCUCUUGACGACGGCUCCUCGUUUCCACUCGCGCGAGAGAUUAUACAAAAUUCCCUCUAUGUUGACGACGUACUAUUCGGCGCCGACAACAUCCAGUUGCUCCGCGAAAGUCGGGAUCAGCUUACGAAGCUAAUGACGCGAGGCGGAUUUCAUUUAAGGAAAUGGGCCGCGAAUUUAAAGGAAUUAUUGGAGGAUAUACCUCCUGGAGAACACGAACUCGCGAUUGAGCACCCGUUUGAUAAAGACAACACGCUCAAGGUACUUGGUCUCGCGUGGAUUCCCAAUGAAGAUGCCUUUCGAUUCCAUAUCGAACCACCGUCGCUCGGAGUAAAUACAAAACGCUCCGUUCUGUCGUUCAUCGCGCGUUUUUUCGAUCCGCUAGGAUGGGCGUCUCCGGUAACAAUUACCGCGAAGAUCUUAAUACAGGAACUUUGGAUUCAAAAGUACGAUUGGGAUUCUCCUAUCGCGGACGCAUUACUUCCGUCGUGGAAAAGGUAUUAUACGGAACUUACGGAGUUAAAGGAAAUUCGCAUACGUCGAUGGACCGGUAUGCUUCCGGAGCACAUGGGCGUCGAAUUACACGGAUUCGCAGACGCUUCGAACCGCGCUUACGCUGCGGUCGUCUAUUUAAAAAUCCUACGGUCGCCUGGUGAAGUUUCGAUUACUUUGUUAACGGCUAAAUCAAAAGUAGCUCCAAUUAAAACGAUUAGUGUUCCGCGACUAGAAUUAAACGCGAUUGUCUUACUAACACGCUUGCUGGAAUCAGUGCAGAAUUCAUUAGACCUAAAACAUAUCCCGACGUACGGAUGGUCGGAUUCUUCCGUCGCUCUCGCUUGGCUCCAAGGACAUCCUUCGAGAUGGAACUCGUAUGUCGCGAAUCGCGUAUCGGAAGUACAAACGCGUCUUCCGUCCAUUAAAUGGAAUCAUGUUCCGUCUAAAGACAACCCAGCGGAUUGCGCGUCUCGAGGCUUAUCGCCCGCGGAAUUCCGAGAGUUUGAACUUUGGUGGUCUGGUCCCGCCUGGUUACACGCACACUCUCCCGCAUGGCCGAACCGAAAUAAAUUCCAAGCUCAGCUCGAUACUAAUCAAGUUUUCAUUGAGUCCGAAUCUCGCAAAAUUAACGUGUGUCUCAUACAAAAGAUACAAGAAUGGGAAUUGCCGAACGACGUUUCCACAUUCACUAAAUUAGUUAGAGUCACCGCGUACGUAAAGCGUUUUGUCUUCAACUCCCGAUGUCGCGUUUCCGGACUAGACAAAUGCACCGGAAGACUAUCUGCGUCCGAAAUCAAGGGUGCGUCCGUGUUUUGGCUGCGUUACGCGCAACACAUCAGCUUUUCGUCCGAAUUCCACGCUCUAAGCAACUCCAGGUCGAUCGCCAAAUCUAGCGCGUUACGAUCUCUUCACCCCGUUCUCGGGGAGGAUAAAUUAAUCCGCCUUGGCGGGCGGAUCGAAAACUCAUCGUUAACUUAUAACGAGCGUCAUCCGGUUGUAUUACCGAAACACCGAAUUUCGGAUCUAUUAAUUGCGCGCGCGCAUAAAGAUUCUCUUCACGGCGGCACACAACUGACCCUCCGAAUCCUGCGUCAAAACUACUGGAUUCUUUCGGCCCGUACUAGCGUCAAAUCGCAUAUACACAAUUGUGUAAGAUGCGUCCGUGAACGCGCGCUCACGACGCAGCAACUGAUGGGGAACCUUCCCAAACCUCGCGUCUCCCCAUCGGCCCCGUUCUCGCACACGGGCGUCGAUUACGCCGGACCUAUGAAUAUAAUCCCGACGGUCGGUCGAGGACAACGCACUCGGAAAUAUUACGUUGUCGUGUUCAUCUGUCUUGCGACUAAAGCGAUUCAUUUAGAGUAUGUGGACGACUACGCUACCGCCGGGUUUCUCGCCGCGUUUAAACGAUUCGUAAGUCGUCGCGGUCUACCGUCCGAUAUCUAUAGCGACAACGGAACUAAUUUCCAAGGUGCUGAUCGCGAGUUAGCUAUCGCGUUUCAGCGAUUGGUCGCUGACCCUCAGCUCCAAGACUCCAUUGCUACCGACAAUAUCACUUGGCAUUUUAUCCCUCCCGCUGCUCCACAUUUUGGUGGACUUUGGGAAGCCGGCGUAAAAGGAUUAAAGUAUCACCUUAAAAGAAGUAUCGGAUCUCGCACGUUAUCGCAACUCGAAUUCGCUACGUUACUGUGUCAAAUUGAGGCAUGUUUAAAUUCCCGACCUAUCUCCGCGUUACAUGACGAUCCGACUGAUUUUUCCGUCUUAACCCCGGGUCACUUUUUGAUCGGUCGUCCGUUGGUCUGUCCCCCUGAGGAAUCGACUUUAGACAUCGACUCAAACCGAUUGUCGCGAUGGCAACAAGUACGCGCUAUACUCGAGAGGAUCUGGCGAACGUGGUCAUCUGAUUAUUUGCAUACGCUGCAACAAAGGCAGAAAUGGCGGGAGAAUCAACCUGAAUUAAAGGUCGAUGAGUUGGUCCUCUUAAAAAAUAAUUCCCUGCCACCGUCUAAGUGGGAACUCGCUCGAAUAAUCGAGGUCCAUCCUGGAGCAGAUCAUCACGUUCGCGUCGUCUCGUUACGCACCGAGAAAACGAAACUAAAACGACCAAUCACGCAGAUCUGCCGACUACCUAUCCACCGUGACGCCGGCUCUUAA